CCUUGAAACGCAACCGGAAGUGUUCACCAAGCGUUUCAUCCCGAGAGUGAGGCGUGGAUCGCAUCCGGAAGUACUGUCAAAGCAUCACCUCCUGGAAGCGAGGUGGGGAACGCACGCGGUAGUGGAAGUAUAUGGCACUAGCUGAGGAGUGGGACAGCGGUGACCUCAGCGGGCGGAGAAGAUCGGGCGCCUUAUUAUCUGUACAGCAUACUAUGCAUGCUGGGAGGCUGGAAAGCUUUGGCCGAUUGAUGUAAAUCUGCUAUCGCUUCUUCAUAUCCCAUUGUUAUCCUGUGGACUUAGGAGAAAUACCGUUAUCAACGACUGAAUGCAGCAGGCAAAAUAAGACAGACUCCCAUCAUAUUCGGAGAUGCCAUUUUCUGACUUUCUAGCGGCCCUUAAAGACAACCCUUACUUUGGGGCAGGGUUUGGUCUGGUUGGGGUUGGGACAGCAUUGGCAUUGGCCCGCAAAGGUGCCCAGAUUGGUGCGGUCGCCUUCAGGAGACACUAUAUGAUAACACUUGAGGUGCCUAGUAAAGACAAAAGUUAUCAAUGGCUGUUGAGCUGGAUCUCUCACCAUGCCAAGCGCACACAGCAUCUGAGUGUGGAGACAUCAUAUCUCCAGCACGAGAGUGGCCGGAUCAGCACCAAAUUUGACUUUGUCCCCAGCCCUGGAAAUCAUUUUAUUUGGUACCGCAAUAAAUGGAUUCGCAUAGAGAGGAAUCGUGAGAAGCAGAUGAUCGACCUGCAUACCGGAACUCCCUGGGAGUCUGUCACUUUCACUGCGAUAGGGACCAAGCGUGACAUUUUCUUCAGUAUUCUGCAGGAAGCUAGAGAAUUGGCACUGCGUCAGCAAGAGGGGAAGACAGUCAUGUAUAGUGCUAUGGGUUCAGAAUGGCGGCCAUUUGGGUUCCCUCGUCGCAGGCGUCCCCUGAGCUCUGUAGUGCUAGAAGAGGGGAUUUCGGAGCAGAUUAUUCAGGACGUAAAAGGAUUCAUUGACAAUCCCAAGUGGUACAGCGACAGAGGCAUCCCAUACAGACGAGGAUACCUUCUAUAUGGUCCACCCGGAUGCGGAAAGAGUAGUUUUAUCACAGCCCUGGCUGGGGAGCUUGAAUACAGCAUCUGCUUGAUGAGCCUAAGUGAUAACAGCCUAUCUGAUGACCGCCUCAAUCAUCUCCUGAGCGUGGCCCCUCAGCAGAGCAUCAUUCUCUUGGAAGAUGUGGAUGCUGCAUUUGUCAGUCGUGAUCUAGCCAAGGAGAAUCCAACUGCAUAUCAGGGAAUGGGGCGGCUGACCUUCAGCGGGUUGUUAAACGCCUUGGACGGAGUUGCUUCCAGUGAGGCUCGAAUAGUUUUUAUGACCACCAAUCACAUCGACAGAUUGGACCCAGCAUUGAUCCGACCUGGUCGCGUUGAUGUAAAGCAGUAUAUAGGAUACUGCACCCAUUGGCAACUGGCUCAGAUGUUUUUGCGCUUCUACCCAGACCAGCCCCUUUCAUCAGCAGAGGACUUUGCAAAUUCAGCCCUGACCUCCUUUGAAAGGAUUAGUGCAGCCCAGGUUCAGGGUCACUUUAUGAUGCACAAAAAUGACCCCAGAGUGGCCAUAAAGAACAUUCACUGCCUGGCUCAAUAACGGACAGGAAACACAGGAUCUGAUAAAAGACCUCUAAGGGAAUAUCCAACCUGCUACAAAUAAAUCUGUUAUCCACCUAAAAUGUCCCUAUACAAUGGUCUACUGUAUAUGGUGCAUCUAACUGUACCGCUCUCCAUUUCAUAGUGUUCUCUGAUUGGUUGACUUUCUGCUGGACAGCUAAUUGCAGUGGAGUAUUAUGGUGCCCACACAAGGUGCGAUUGUUGUGUGCGUUUUCAUCCUUUUAGUUCAAAUUGCAUCGUGUCUAAUUCAAAUUGCACAGUGUUUACUUUCCCUUGCGGUGCGCGCUCCCGUGUAGUCAAUAUCGCAAUGCAAAAUAGUAUGUGCAGUCAGGUAUUUUUGGACUACAUCGCAUACAUUACAUAUUGUAGCGUUGUCAACAUCAGGUGUAAUUCAGAUCGCAUACCACACAUUGUAUAGGCUCAAAUCUCACCUAGCACAGAUCUCACCGUUUGUGGGCACCCUUAAAGGGUGGAGUUGACAACAGCACUUUGGAGGCAAUUGUUCAGUUGGACUUUUAAGCUGAACAGAAUUUUAUAUUUAUUUUCCAAUUUGUCAUUACAAAAUCUCAAAUAUUUAUUACUGACUGUUCUUCAUGAUUCUCUGCAACUUUACAAUGUAGUAAAGUUACUAUUCGCUUAUUGUCAGACUAAGGGGUCUAUUCAAUUUGUGUUAGAAAAACUGCACUUUGACUUUUUCAGGUUGAAUCUGGAUUCGACAUUCAAUUUUAGUGCCAUUUUUCCGACUUGUUAGGAAACACGUGGAUUGGCGGAUUAGCCACGGAUCCACUUAUUUUGCAGAAUUUGCGGCCAUUCUCGACAGGUUUUUGGCCCGUUUUCGACAAUGCUGAUUCGACUUUAAAAAAAAAGUCGGAUCAGCAUUGUCGAAAAUGGGUAAAACCUGUCGGAAAUGCCCACAAAUUGAAUACUGAACUGUAUUUGAAUAGACACCUAAAUAUCUAAACUCACAGAAGUGACAUUUGUUUUUAAAUACUGUUCAUUUGUUUGUUUUUCUAUUAAAUACAUUGUGAUCUUUAAUUCUAGUUCUCCCAUUGUGCGUGGAUUAAAAUACCAGUAACUGGUAUUAACAAUUUACAGAACUGUCAGGAUUGUGUUAUGAAGAAAUGUAACUUGUCCAUCGAGCAGCUUGAAAAAACAAGGAACAAUGAACUUGAAUUACCUCACAAUGAGGUUUGAUUUCUAAUAGGAGAUAUUGUUAAAUAAAAUCCCAUUUAUUUUUAA